AUGUCUUCUUGUGAGGGCUGUGAUGCAGAGAAAUAUAGUUCACCUAUGCCAUGGAUUGGCAGAUAUAUUGAAGCAGCAUCUUUACUAUGCAUCCUUGCUAUGCUGCUAGACACCCUGCAUGGUUUUCGUCGCAGAAAAUUCUGGUUUCCAUGCAGAUUUUUCAAACUAAAUGUGGUUUCUUUAACGCUAUUAGCAGUUGCCGUGAAGCUACCAAUGGAUCUGAACAACCCCAUGCCAGGGGGGGCUGAUCAGCUUGCAAAGUUGAGUAGCAAUGCCUUCAUGUCUACAUCAAUGGUGAAUUUCAUGCCCUCGUUGGGGCUUAUGGGUGAGAAGGAGAUCGCGAUGAACAUGGCAGCAUUGGGGAUUCUUGUGAUCACUCUUGUUGUUAAUGUUUGUGUCGAGUUGGGAACUGGAGUUAUCUAUUCUGCUAAGGUGGAGAACAUUCUGGUUUUGGUUUUCAUGAUGUUUCUAUUUGUGAUCUUAAGCUUCUCAGCAUUGGCAGUUCCUAAAAUGAAACAAGACCUGGAAAUGCAGUUCUUUGAGACGAAAAGAAUGAUGGAAAAGGCAGAAUGGGAUGAUGUUGAGAAGUCUGGACUUUCUAAGCUGGAAGAAGAUUUGAAGAAGUAUUGGGUGAUGGCAGAGACCGGAAACCCCCAGUUCGUGAUGGCUCGCUCUGUGACGUGCUCUGCUGUUUGUGCUAUUUGUUGUGUGAAUUUUGCGAUACUAUUGGAAGGGGUAAUCCGCAAUAACUUCUUUUAUGUUCAUAUCAAGCCUGGCUCGGAUUAUAGGAGAUCAACCAUUUGCAUUUCACGAAUUCAGUCCAUUGGUGUGGCGUUAGGCACAAUCGCUUCACUGAUCAGAUGGCUAGCCACUGCAAAGUUGAGCAAUGAUAGAAGAAGAUGCAAAUCCAAGAUCAAAGUCGAGAAAUAUUGGAUCGAAGGACUGAUGGAAUGGAAGAGAAGCUCGGUGGCGUUGCAGUUCAAGAACCCUAGAAUCAGAAAAUUAGUCCACAGAACAAAGAGUCUGUUUGUGAAUAUCUGCAUAGGUGUUCAGAUUUGUAUCAUUGCAAUUGGAAAAUUAGCAAAGUACAUCUCUGUUAUUCUCUUGAACCUGCCCUCAUUGUGCUCUUGUAGUGGCUCUGAAAAUAAAGGAGGAUUAAGAUCAGAAGCAAAAUAUGUAGAUGAUGAUCUUAGCAAGUAUGUUUUACACCUCGAAGGUGAAGACGAACUUCCUCAGAUAAUGGCGAACGAGAGCAGUGCAAUGCGCGAGGUGAUCGAGACAGGCAGAAAGUUGCAGCCAAGAAUUCUUAUGGAGCUACUUUUACAAGGAUCGAAAGAUACUGACGGACUUACAAUGCUCGAGAGGAAUUGCAUUCUAGAUCCACAUUCCCGCGAUGAUGACUUGCCUAGUUCUUGGAAAAUGCUACUUGUAACCUUGACUAGUAUCGCAGUUGCAAAUCCAAGAAUCGACCAAGAAAUGGUGGAACAUUUGCUGUGCGGUGUUAGUCAAGGGCUGAAGUAUGUUAACCUCAUAGAAGAAGUAUUAGGAGCAAAAGAAGAUCUGAAGAGGAUUAGAACUGCAGCAGAUGAAGUCUGGUUACAUGUUUUCCUUUUUCACAGGUGGUUAGAUAACGACCUGCGUAAAAUGGCUGUUGAUGGGCAAACAUCAAAAGAGAUUGUCCAAAACCUUGCAGCCUCAGCUAAUGAGUACAUUCUGAAAAUGAAGACAAAUGGAAAUCUGAAAAAUGGGUAUCAGAAAUGGCCAGCCAAGCUAAUAGCAGCAACUGCUAUGAAUCAUAUCUGCAGAACCAUAUUGUUGGAUAUUGAAACCAAGAAUGAGCAGACAAAUGAUGAAGAAUUCUUCAGGAACAUAUCUGUUAGCAUUGCAGAUGUAUUAGCAGUCUGUUUAGCUAACAUUCCACGCGUUAUUCUCAUGAAAUGCUUUUCGGUUCCUAUAGAGAAGAGGGAGGCUAGUGUCCUGCAGGCUGCUCUUCUAUUUGGUGAGACAGAAAGAAUUCUUAGAUUUCUUCAACAGCAUGAGUUUCCCAGCAUAGCUCCUGAGAAGAUAGUUCAUAUUGAAGAGUGGUGCAGAUCAAUCAAGCAGAAGCAUAAUCUUUCAGUUCCCACUUCAACCCAAGAUGAUCUUCAAAUAGUUACCCAGUAG